GGUUACGAUGGACGACAUAUACGAGCUAAACUUAAAAAAUGUAACCGCCUGGAUUGCUGCUGGUGCAAUGAUUUUCGGCGCAGUUGUGCCGUACGUGCCGCAAUACAAAGAGAUCAAAAGAAAGGAGGAUGCGGAAGGAUUCUCCCUUUACGUCUGUCUUACUCUUCUAAUCGCCAACACGCUCCGUAUACUAUUCUGGUUUGGUAAACAUUAUGAACUUCCUCUCCUGUUACAAAGUAUACUUAUGAUCAUAGCAAUGUUUAUUAUGAUUAAGCUUUGUAUUAAUAUACAGAACAAGACACAGAUAAUCAGACCAAAGGAGCGUGUACUUACAGAUUUAGAUGCUAGAUUUUUUUGGAAAUGGACAGAUUUCAAGUCCUAUCUGGGUUUCAUGAUUUUAUUUGCUAGUAUAAGUGGGAUACUAACAUAUUUAUUUCUGGACAUACCACCAUUUAUCGAAAUUGUUGGGUUCUUGGCAGUAUUAAUAGAAGCUAUGCUAGGCGUACCUCAAUUUCUACGCAAUUCAUCUCACAAAUCAACCAUAGGAAUGAGUAUAGCUAUGGUAGCUAUGUGGACAGUGGGAGAUAUUUUCAAAACAUGCUACUUCGUUUUGAGGGAUACUCCCGUUCAAUUCCAAGUAUGUGGAGUUCUGCAAGUCACGAUUGAUAUCGCUAUCUUAGCACAAGUGUAUCUUUAUAAAGCUAAUAACACUGGACACAUAAGGACCCCCAUCAGAUCGGAUUGA